AUGGAUUCAGUCAAUGACGCGGCGGAUUCGCCUCCUAUCGAGGUUAUUCCGGUGUCCGACAUUGGCGUCAUAGGCAGCGGUGUUAUGGGCUCGAACCUGGGCCUGAACAUUGCUGACAAGUCCCAUGAAGGUAAACGCUUUGAGGUGUCGCUAUACGAUCUCAGCGUCGAGCAGGUUCAGUCGGUGUUGUCUGCUAAUUCAGCCUACCAGAACCUCCAUGGUUUUGGCGGAAAGGACAAGCUGAAGGACUUUGUGGCUUCGCUCAAACGGCCCCGCAAGGUGCCAUGCCACAUGGAGCUUUGCGCGCUGAUCCAGCAUCAGGCCAUUAUUCUGGUUCCAGCGGGUGCAGCCACGGACGCGGUCAUUGAGGAUUUGGCAGCCUUGUUCCAAGCGGAUGAUAUCAUUAUUGACGUCGGGAACGCCAACUUCCGCGACCAGAUUAGAAGGGCGGAAAACCUGGAGAAACGCGGUUUGCGCUUUCUUGGAAUGGGCGUCAGCGGUGGCGCAGAGGGUGCGCGCAAAGGUCCAGCGUUUUUCCCUGGAGGAACUUUGAGUGUCUGGAACGACGUCAAGCACAUCAUUGAGGCUGCUGCUGCCAAAGCUGCUGAUGGCAGGCCUUGUGCCACCAUGAACGGCAAGGGGGGCGCUGGAUCCUGCGUCAAGAUGUUUCACAAUGCAGGCGAGUACGCUGUUCUGCAAGUCUGGGGCGAAGUGCAUGAGGUGCUGAAAGCCUAUGGGGUGGACGGGGACUCCCAGGCCAAGCUCCUCGAGUCUUGGAAAACCAAAACUGGCGGUCGCUAUGCAGGCCUUCUUGAUUCCUACAUGCUCGACAUUACCAUUGAGGUUGUCAAGGCCCGCGACUCUACCGCGGCCGGCGGUCAAGACGAUGGAGCAAUGCUGCUGUCCAGGACCAUGGACAAGACCGAUUCCAAGGGCACAGGUCUUUGGUCGGUGGUCGAGGCGAUGCAGGCGUCAGUGCCGGCGCCCUCUCUGGCGGCUGCGCUCUUGGCACGUCAGAUGUCCAUGCUAC